AAAUAAGAUAUUGACAACAUUUAAUACGUUGCUGGCCACUUAUUCGAACACAUACUGUUUAUGGUGUCUGUUAAAGUGAACAUUAUGUGCGUGUUUCUCUAAAAUAUAUGUAUUAGCGUAAAAGUGGAAACAAGUAUGUGGCUUAUAAAAACGUCCACAACGCGAUGGCUGUUAUUGUGCGGAAUAUUUCAAGCUGUUUUAGGGAUUUAUACUCCCAAUGAAAUCGAUGAGCCGACAAAGCUGUAUACAACUGGUUUGAAAAUAAAGAGUUCAAAUUACAAAAGCUUUUCGGAACCUUAUUAUCAUUCAAAUUACAGCAAAGUACAUGUUCAUUACAAAAAUUAUACGUCUAGUCUUUUAGACGACAGUGCAAAAACUAGUCAGUCUCAAGCGUCCCAAUUACAUCCAGUGUAUAUAUCUGAUGGGACUAAGGCAAAAAUUAAGAGUGUUCUGAACGAACGUAAUACACAUGUCGUGGAAAAGGACACUUUAAACAACCGAGCAGUGUAUAAGAGAAAACUUGAGAAAUCAACAAAUGUGCUUGUAUUUAACAGGUGUCCACCAGGAGCUACUGGUCAAUUCGUAUUUGAUCUUUCUUGUAACCAAUUUUUGGAUUGUUGGAAUGGUCGCGGUAGUCCAAGAAACUGUGCGCCUGGGACUUUAUUCAACCCGAAAACAUUAGAAUGUGAUUUUCCGCAAAAAGUUGAAUGUUUAACAGGUCCCACGGGUAGUGCUAUCACUCUAAAAAAAUCAGCCAAACUACAGACUUUACACCAAGCCAAAUGCCCGAAUGAUUUUACUGGGCUCAUUCCGAAUUAUACAGACUGUUCGAAAUUUAUUGAGUGUAACUACGGGAUAGAAACAGCUAAGGAUUGCCCGCCAGGAACUCUUUUCGAUACCAACUUAAAUGUUUGCAACCAUGCCAAGGAAACGAACUGCUUUUCAGGGCAAAGUCAAUCAUCAGUUUACGGAACUGCAGAACAAUCUGGAGGAAGUGCAGAUUUUAGUGGCCAGUACAGUCCGAAUAGAGGGCAAUAUAAUCGGGGGUUCAGUGAGAGUCAUGGACAAAAUCGAAUGCACACUAAUGCACAUUUUGGUCAGUCUUGGGCUCAACAAGGCUUCCUACUCAAUCAAAAUCAAUUAAAUUCUGUUUAUGGCCAAGCUAAUAGUAAGCCUAGCUGCGAUCCUACAAAUCCUUACUGCAAAUCAGGCGGUUAUGUGAUAUCUGGAGAAAACAUUUAUGACAUGCAUCGAAAAACCGGAGUAGAUCCUACUGGAGGCACAUAUUCUUCCACCUAUACUGCAUCUACGCCUCAAAGCCAGCCUUGUAACCCAUUUGUACAAAAUUGUCAACAAAGUACCCAAAAUAAUCUCAGACCACAACCUGCACCAUCCGCUAACAGGGUAUUUAUUCAAUAUGUAAUGUGCAACCCAAGUGUACAAGAUUGCUCGAAGUUCCAACAAGGUACUUAUGUGUUGGGACCAAAAGGGGCUUUAUGUGAUCCGGUUAAUCAACAAUGCGGACACUUUACUCAUGUCCCUACAAAUAACAUGCCAGCUACAAGUAACGGUCAUGCGGCUCCGGAACUUUUGCCUGGUACUUACUACAUAAAGUAUGUUCAGUGCAGUCCUUUACAAGAAGAUUGCUCUAAAUACCAAAAAGGAGUUAUUGAGGCAUCUUACGGAGGGGCAGGAAAUGUUCAGUCUUCUAUUAGUACUGGCGGUCAGAGCCAAUAUUCUGGGGCACAUGGGAAGUCGGGACAACCUUGCAAUCCUGUCUAUCAAGAUUGCAGCCAAACACAUCCAGGUAAUAUUCUUCAAAUACAGAAUCAACAACAAGGCUUUGGAAACAAUCAAUUAUCUGGAAGGCAACCUUGUAAUCCGCAAUAUCAAAACUGUGCAACAGAUACGAUUUACAGACCAGAUAACUCCUACAGUAAUAAACAAGGCUCUUCUAGCUAUGGAAAUUCUUUUGGACAAGCAAGUGCUCAUUCGCGUAACUCUACAACCAACUACAAGAAAAUCUGCAGCGCUGCGGAUAGUAACUGCUAUAGAAACCGAUCCCCACCUGAAGCAAAAUGUCCUUCUGGAUUUCAAGGGAUCACGAAACAUCCUACUAAGUGCAAAAAGUUUCUGAAUUGUGCGAACGGCAUUACAUAUGUUCAAGACUGUGCACCAGGAACUGUCUUUAAUCCAAUAUUAAGUGUGUGCGACUUUCCCUAUAAUGUAGAUUGUAAAGAUGAAGAAAGUGAAAGUACCACAGUGGAUUAUGAACCAGAUGAGGCAAAUCAUGACCAGGAUGGGAAGUUUAUAGGAGAUACUGAAUGUUACGGCGAAAGUUGCUCAAGAGGGCAAGAAAAUAGCAACACUCACCAAAACGGUUAUCAUCCAAGUGAAUGCCAGGGAUCUCAAUGUGGUUACAACCCCUUUAAUCAAGGAAAUAAUGGCAAUCCUUGCCAAGGGUAUGGCUGUAUAUCAAAUCAAGAACGAGAUUCUCAAGUCCUUCAAGGUUCCACCACACCAUCAUCCACUCAAGAUCAGGCUCCUUGUCAAGGGCAGCAAUGUACUGCAAAUUACCCACCAUGGACCAAUCAGGCUCAAGCUCAAGGCCCAUGGUUUUACAAACCAACUACUGCAAAGGCUCUGAUAUACCCAAUAAGACAACCAGAAAACUAUAACAGUCAAGGCAAUUGCGUUGGAAAUCAAUGUUCUUCUAACAAUCGACGCGUAGAUGGACAAGUGCAAGUUGAUCAAGCAAACAUAGGUUUCUUCCUUCCAACUACUCCAAAGACAGUAAUAUUUACAACACAACAGCCAACUUGGGUACAAGCAAACGGACAUAUAAUGCGAAUUCCAGCAAAACAGAGCAAUCAAAAAACAGAACCGAUUCGGAAAGACGAUAGAAAAACUUCGUCCGGAUUUAACAACCAAAGACAAGUUGAUUAUGUAGAUGUUUUCGACCCAAGCGAGUCUAAAAACAUAGCCUAUGCAACAACUCAAAAAUCUCCAGCAAAAACUGAAAAACAAGUUUGGCCUCCACCGUACCCAGAUUUUCCGGUUACUGAUCCCAAUGCUGAUUAUGUUUUUGAGUAUGAAGACGGCGAACCUGUUACUUUAGCACCAGAAAAUGUCCACGUUGAGAAAAGAAAAAAGUCUAAAUGCGGAAGCAGUGAUUUUAUGUGCAAUAAGAGAACCUGUAUUGCUAAAAACUUUGUUUGUGAUGGAGAACGAGAUUGCGACGAUGGCAAAGAUGAAAAAUAUUGCCAGAAGUAUUUGGACGAAUUUAAACAGCAUAAUAGUUCUAGAUUAGAUGUUUUGGAGAAGCAAAAAUGGGAGAAUGUUACAUUCGCCACCUGUGCGUUAAUGUGUUUGGACAACGAAAAGAUUAAUUGCAAAUCCUUCAACUAUAGGAGAUCGGAUAAAGCAUGCUUCCUAACAGAUGAAAAUAUUGGAUCCAGUGGCGCCUUGAAAGAUUACUACCCCUGUGACUAUUACGAGCGAAAAAGUACAUCUUUCAGCUGUUCAGAUAUGCAUAAAUGCCCCAAUGGAAAAUGUCUAACUUCGGAGGAAAUAUGUGACGGUUAUGACGACUGUGGAGAUCGAGCUGACGAAAAGAGUUGUAGAGCCGAGGACUUUGGAUAUAGUGUUAAGCUAUCCAAAGGACAAAGUGUACAUGAAGGUCGAGUCGAAGUUACAGUAUUUGGAAAGACUGGUUAUAUUUGCGACGAUCAAUUCGAUAUUGUGGAUGCAAAUGUUCUAUGUAAGGAACUAGGAUUUGAAUUUGGAGCUAUGGAAGUGAAAGGUAAUUCGUAUUUCGCCAAAGACUUACAAGAACAUCACACACUGUAUAUGAUGGACGAUAUAGAGUGUCUGGGAAAUGAAACCAGCCUUAUGCAGUGCAAUUUUGCGGGGUGGGGAAUUCACAAUUGUGCAGAUCGAGAGAUUGCAGGUGUUAUUUGUAAAACACCGCAAGAGACCUGUACUGAAGGCUUUUGGAAAUGCGACACUGGCAACGAAUGCGUUAAUAUAAAUUUUAUGUGUGACGGAAUAUUUGAUUGUACUGAUAAUUCGGAUGAAGCAGAUCAAUACUGUGAGUCACCAACUGCAUUGCGACUUGUUAAUGGUACAUCAUUUAAUGAGGGAAGACUAGAAGUUAGACACCUUGGCAUAUGGGGUUCAGUAUGUGAUGACGACUUCAAUGAAGACGCUGCUAAAAUCGCAUGUAGUCAGUUGGGUUUUGCCGGCUCUGCAGUGAUAAAAAAGAAUGGCUUUUUUGGAAAAAGUAAAGGGCCUAUUUGGCUUGAUCAAGUUUCCUGCAAUGGAAAUGAAAGCAGCUUGGAAAAAUGCACUCACUGGGACUGGGGGGAACACAAUUGCGAUCACGAAGAGGACAUUGGUCUAAUUUGCAGCAAUAUUCUCUAUGUUGAGCCAAAGAGGAAUUCAAAAAAUGUCAAUGGUGGCCUUUCUGGGGCUAUCAAAAACUUGAAUAACAGGGCUUCAUCACCAGAACCAGUCAGUUGCGGUUACCAGAAAGACCGAAUUUUCUUAGAACAUGAUGAUGUUCACUUUAGAGUAGUGAAAGGUUCAAUUGCAAAUCCUGGAGAUUACCCUUGGCAGGCUGCACUAAGAACGAAAGGACAGGAUAAAACAGCGCAUUGGUGUGGGGCAGUGGUAAUAGCUUCUAAAUGGGUGUUAACCGCCGCACACUGUUUAGAAGGGUACCCUAAAGGGGCUUAUGUUGUAGUUGCUGGUGAAUAUAAUGUGGAUGAAAACGAAGGUUCGGAGCAACAAGCCUUCAUCGAAGAAUAUUAUCUUCACGAACGAUUUAGAGAGGGACAUAAAAUGGGCAAUGACAUAGCCAUGGUUCUGCUAAAAGGCAAUGGGUUCAAACUGAAUCAGGAUAUUCAACCGAUUUGCUUGCCAGAUGAAGACGUAGAUUAUGAGCGAGAAUUAAACUGCACUAUAUCUGGAUUUGGAUCUAUCGAAAAUGGAAGAUCAGCAUAUUCUCAUAAACUCAGAGCUGCAUGGAUACCCGUUCAAAAGGUGGACGUGUGUAAGAUGGCCCAUAUCUAUGGCGAAAACAUUGCAGAUGGUAUGUUUUGUGCUGGAAAUCUUAGUGGCGGUGUGGAUGCAUGUGAUGGAGACAGUGGAGGUCCUUUAGCAUGUUUAGACAACGGCGUUUUCACGUUAUAUGGAUUAACAUCAUGGGGGCAACGUUGCGGCUAUGCUAACAAACCGGGAGUCUAUGUCAAAGUGUCCUAUUAUAAGAAAUGGAUUGAAAAUAUUAUGAAAAUUCACGCAUAAGUUCACUGAGGAUUUCAUUUGAAAGGAGAAAAUUUAACUUUAUAUACAUAUACAAAUACAUUUCACAGUUUAGUACACUAAA